AUGCGUCAUAACCAGCUGCGUCACUACUUUACUGAACACGAACGGUUUGACUUUCUCUUAUACCAGUUCGACUACACCAACCAGAAGACGUCUUGGAAGCAAUGCUUCUUUCUUCCAGAGUGGAGAAUUCCUGACAAAUUCUACACAACAGAUGCGAAAGAAGAAGACUUCAGCAGACCUGAAUUUGAGCCAUACUGGCUACGCAUGGAUCCAGACGGACACUGGGUCCAGCGAGUUUAUGAAAUCAUCCAACAGAACCCACAACCUCGUCACACGGGUGGACGUCCUCACCGAAAAACCGAAAAAGCUACCAACCCCUCGAAGUCAGCUUCUAUUCACGAGAUUGCGCCUUCCGGCGAUUAUGUCCAAAGCUUCCACCAAAAGCUGUUCUUCACAAUCAUGGCCCAAUGUGCAACGCAUCGAUCCGGACUACUCGUCGUUCUCUCUCGGUCAAAUUCGGUCGCAGAUUUCGCCUACUGUCGAUACACAUGGACCACCAAGCAGCAAAAACGCUAUGCUGAAGAUCGACAGGUGCCGUGCACAAUUUCUGAACUCCAUCGGCACACUUCAGUCAUUCCUUUGCUUGUAUACUCAAAGACCAGAGAAAGCACAUCUCGCGGCCCAUCUAUCACAGCAACGGAAUUUGAGCGACUUGACGCAAGCCCUUCUCAUCGAAUUCUUAUAUUUGACCUCUUUGGAAGCGAAGGUCGCAACAUGUACAGCCCUCUUCUUGCUGUACCGUCUGAUGAUCUCAGUCCAACCCAAGAGCAACGUGAUCUCUUUUACUCUAACAAAGGCAAACACAAGAACGAAGAGUUUGAAGAGAGAGUACCACUACUCGCAGAGCUUCUUCACUCCGGCCACACACCCAUGGAUUAUGCUCUGUCUUCAAAGGGGCCAUUGCUUUUCGAACCCGAACUGGAUCCAUGGGGAGAGCUAUGGCAGCUGCUUGAUCGAAUACUUGGCUUAGACACCUUCACUCAUCCGCCCACCCACGAGAGAUAUACAAUAAGUUAUAGAGUCAGUGUCUAG